AUGGCUCUUCGCGAUGUCUUGUUAUCGACCCUGCUCUUUGCGGCUGGGAUCCAGGCCACGGUUGAUGACAGACUUUACCCCUUAAGUCCACGAAAAGCACAUGUUCCAGCCAAACGGCAGCUCCCAGAAUCGAUGGUCAACGUUCAUGUAGUGCAGGUUUCGGAUAAUGAAGGUGCUUUGAAGUUUUAUCCCGACGACUUGCAAGUCGAGUUAGGCGAGAUGGUCCAAUUCCAGUUCCAUCCAAAAAACCAUUCCAUUGUCCAGUCCACGUUCGACAGACCAUGUGAGCCAAUGAGCAGAUCCACUCCAGGGAUGGCCGGAAUCCGAUCUGGAUUUAUGCCCGUCGAAGCCGACUCGGAGAUGAUGCCCGUGUUCACUAUCAUGGUUAACGACACCAAACCCAUGUGGUUCUACUGCGGACAGGGAAAGCAUUGCCAAAAUGGCAUGGUUAUGGCCAUUAACGCUGUUGCCGGUAGCAACAGAACCGUUGAAGCAUAUCGGGCACUUGCCGCGAAAGCAGACAGCUCGCCUAAUGGAGGCCCUAGCAACACAAUCCCGAAUACUGGUCUCCCAAGUCCCACCGGUAGUGCAGCCGAACAGACACAAAACGCGGCUCCGAAGGCGGCUGCACAUGUGGCCGGAUUGAGUGGAGUGCUCAUGGCUGUGGCCGCCAUUAUUGCUGGACUUUGA